AUGCCUUCCGAUCUCGAGACCCUCGCCGAAAUGGGCUUUGAGAAGGCCCGGGCCGAAAUUGCCGUGAAAAAAAGCGGUGGGCUGCAAGGAGCUUUGCAAUGGCUGGAGGAUAACCAAGACAAGUCCCUGGACGAAAUUCAAGAAGCCGAGGCAAGCCAAGCGCAUGGUGACCAAGAUGACGAGGAUGCCGAAACCAAGGCCAAGAUUGCAGAGCUCGAGACGGGCCAGGCCCGGUCUCUGGUCUGCAACGAGUGUGGCAAGAAGUUCCGCACUCGCGACCUGGCUACAUAUCAUGCCACCAAAACGGAACAUGCCGACUUUUCAGAGUCGACAGAAGAGAUUGCUCCUCUGACCGAGGCGGAAAAGAAGGCAAAGUUGGAGGAGCUACGUGAACGUCUCAAGGCUAAGCGAACUGCUCAAUCCGUUCAAGACAAGGAAGAUGCCAACAGAAACGAACGGAUCCGGCAAAAGUCGACGAGGGAAAGCCAAGACGCCAAAGAAGAGCUCGCUCGCAAGGAGCAAAUCAAGGAAGCUGCUCGUAAACGCCAGGAGAAAGCAGACGACAUCGAGGCCAAAAAACGCAUCAAGGCCAAGAUCGAGGCUGACAAGGCGGAGCGGCGUCGCAAGGCUGAAGAAGCCAAGGCGGCAAGGGAAGGCAGAGCGCCAGAGGCAGACGCAUCCGCUUCGGCUCCUGCAGCGGCCGCAGCGGCCGCUGCCGCCCCGAAACCAAGGGCUGAGCACGGCCAGGCAAAGCUGAGGCUUCAAACGCCCAGCGGGAACCUGGUCAAGACUCUGCCUGCGGAGACGACGUUGUUUGAGGUGGCUCAGCAGAUACAGCAGGAGACGGGGCUCAUGGUGUCAAGCUUUGCGACCACGUUCCCCAGGCAAGUGUUCCAGGGCGACAUGGACAUGUCCAAGACGUUGAAGGAAGCAGGCUUAGUGCCGUCCUCUGUAUUGAUUGUCAAGUAG